UCCCCCUUUCGUUCCAAUUCCAAUUACUAUUCCCAUUUAUAAUUCUCAAUUUCUGAAUAACUAAGCUCAAAUAUAUAUAUAUUUUUUUUCUAAAAUGUCCGAUAAACCAUCAGAGGAAUCUCUGAGCAAGGUCCUUUUUAAAGACGUGCAAUUCGAGGAGGGCUCCGACAGUGAUGUCGACUUGGCCUUGGGAGCUCCAGGUACUCGAAAGCGUACUGAACAGGCCAGAGAGUUCGAUCAGAUUAUGACUGGAAUUCAGGAGCGAAUGGCGCGGGUCAUGAGUCGCGUGAGUUUGAGCUGUACUAUGAUUAAUCAGCUACACCGGGACCUGAAGGCCAAGCUCCCCGGCAAGUUGGGGGAUGAGGACGAGGCCAAGGAAGCGGGUGGUGACGGUGAAUUCCAGAACACCGAUUUCGACAAUGUUGCCCUGGAGAAGAUAACUGAAGGUCCUUUACCCCUUCAAAUAACCGAGGAGAUCCUUACAGAAGAGGGGGAAGACAUGCAACUUUAAUGCCAAUUCAAAAAUGCCCAAGAAAACCGGUCCACUUCUGAAACAAUUUACGGAUUGACUAAAUAACAAUACCUAUCAUAAUACUACACACAAAAUAAAUGGUUUUCCCUUCUUUAUUGCCAUUAAAGUGGUAAUUCUCAAACUAAA